AUGAACAUUCUCGAGCGUGCUCAUUCCCUGUCAAACCUGAAUCAUAAUUCUUCCAUUGAAAAGGGCAAGGGCUCGCCAGUGGCAACAAAGACACCUCAGGAUAUCCAUGGCAGUGAUGAUGAUGAGGUGGAGGUGGCAGGUCCAACAGAUGGGGAAUAUGAAACUGAGUCGGAAUCCAGCAGGACUGAAGGGAAUGGCAGCCCCAGGCGGUCUGCAUUCACUCCUCGUGCUAAUGACGAUGAUGGAGGGCAAAACCCUGGUCUCAAUUCUGACUAUGCCGAACGCAGACCUUUGGCUCAUCAUCCCGCCAAAGCUCGUUCUUGGUACGAAUUCGAUUUGGCUGUUGUUGCAGCACUGGUAUCGCCUGUGGGGCAGUGGCUCACCGGUGGCGAUCACAUAAAGAACCUCCUUUUUGUCCUGCUCUUAGUCUUUUACUUACACCAAAUCAUCGAAAUUCCUUGGACUUUAUAUUACAAUGCUCGACCACGAGUUCGGCCGCAUUCAACUAGUCUGCCUGCUGCGGAAGAUUUCUAUACAAGGCGCGCUUCGUCCGAGCUUCGUUUCCUCGAGUUCCUCUUCUUUUCCUUCGCGGUCGUCUCUCCCUUCCUCGGUGCCUAUCUCCUCCGUUAUGUUACUUUUUCUGUUACUGGCCAGGACAUCCAUUCCUGGUUUAGUAUCGGCUUGUUCAUUCUCGCCACCGGGGUUCGACCAUGGUCCCAUCUCAUUCAACGAUUCAAUCAGCGCGUCACUGACUUGCACGACAUCGUACACUAUCAUUCCUCAGUGAAGGAAGGAAGUUCAGAAGGUAUUGUGGAAAUGAAACAGCAGCUGGAGCGGCUUCAUGAACAAAUGCAGGAUAUGGAAAAGUUGAUAACAAAGUUGAAGAAGAAACUAGCGAAGGAGACGAACGAGGUGUAUGAUUACGUUGACGAGCAGGUAGACUCAGUCGAAAAGAUAGUCAAAAGGCACGAGAAGGCUUUGGAGUAUGUCCUGCAACUACCAGCAUCCCUCCUAGGUUCACACCCCUCUAAAUCUUCUAUAAAAUCAUUAUCUCCAAAUGGAUCUCCGUCGCCAGCGACAUACAAGCAUCUGCUCCGUUCUCCCAGUCAUCCCGGCGCUUCAUCUCCCGUCCUGACAAAAUUGGAGACCAUUCCCGAACUAAUGGAGAUCCAUACUGACCGCCAGAAGAGCAACAAUACCCUUAUCCGCCCCAAAACCGUCGUCGUGAAGUCUCCUCCUACCUCUCCCGGAUCUACAGUGCAACCAAUAAUUUCCCGGCCAUUCUUCGUGAUGGUCUCAAUCAUGACUCUACCCAUUCUCCUCUUUGUGCACGUUUUGUAUGCAACGACUUUACCUUUCCGGUGGUGUCUUCGAGUGUUUCUGCGUCUCGUGGGCCUCGAGAAGAUCGUCUUCCGACUAUAUGAUGAAUAUUCGUCGUCCUUCCGUGUAUACUUAAAGCUCGAUUGA